UUGACCCAUCUGCACUUUCCUCCCAGCCAGCUCCCUGUUGCCCCAUCAGGAGGAAGGCCUCUCCCAUCAAGAAGAUAGUGGGCUUUUGGCACGGUUGUCCAACACUGACGUUGGGGGAGUCUUCCGGCAGGCGGGGAGCCGGGUGCGAAUGAAAAUCCGAAAUCGCAAAGACACAGGAAUUUCCAGCGAUAUGAACACAGCUGAUAUUGACGUGGGUGAAUGUCCCCGGAGCCCCACCUACCGCCUCCCUCAGCCCCAGGAGAUGGGCCAAUAUUCGGUGGAGCUGUUCCGAGGACCCAAUGGCUUUGGCUUCAGCCUGAGAGGUGGAAGUGAAUAUAACAUGGAUAUCUAUGUCUUAGCUCUCAUGGAGGGUGGACCAGCCCAGCAGUGUGGCAAGAUCCAAGUGAGUGACCAGUUAGUAGAGAUCAAUGGGGAGUCUACAUCCGGAAUGACACAUGCGCAAGCUGUGGAGCACAUCCGCAAUGGAGGGAGCCGGAUACACCUGGUGCUGAAGAGAGGCAACGGAUUUGUUCCCGACUAUGUCUCCAUCUGUCUCCGCCCCACAGGGCAGCCGCUGGCCAGCCUGGCUCUCUGCGUGACCAACUCCCCCCGGGGGGAGCCCUGCUUCUGCCUCGUGGGACGGGUCGAACAUAAAUGGUGGGUGCCCAGUCCCCUCUCCCAUGGAGACCAACAACACUGCUCUGCCCAGUUCCCUUCUCUCCCUUAGUCCAGUUCUGCCACAGG